AGCGACUAUUUGAGAUUGGGAAAGGGCCACACGCUGCAGCGCACCGGGACCAUGCAGAUCUCCAAGCUGCUCAGCGGAGCGCUCCUCUGCGCACUGAUGCUGCUCUCCAGCGCGGCUGGAACCGACGUAUUGGACGCGGAGUCCGAAGAGGAGCUGAGCCCCAGAGCCCUGCGGGACUUUUACCCGAAAGGUCCAAACCUGACCAGCGAGAAGCAGCUGCUUGGUGCUCUCCAAGAAGUUCUUGAAAAGCUGCAGGCUAAACGACUGCCAAUGUGGGAAAAGAAAUUUGGCCAAGUCCCAACGUGUGAUGUCGGGGAGCAGUGCGCAGUGAGGAAAGGUGCACGGAUCGGGAAGAUGUGCGACUGUCCCCGGGGAGCUUUCUGCAACUUUUUCCUGCUGAAGUGCUUAUGA